AUGUCGAGACGAAGCUCAAACAGGGUAAACGCCAAAGCUAAUGCGUCCCAACUCUCUCCUAUUGGCCUCGAUGGGCCCGGGAUCAGCACGCCUGCCAUUCCUCUUGCAAACACAAUUUCUCCAGAUAAUGCCCAGCUCAAGACGGAACCAAGCGUGAUGGACGGUUAUGCUCCCUAUUUGGCGCAGCCCAUGACAAAUUCUCCUACCCGAAUCGGUACGCACGAGCUCUUCUCGGCUAAUGCUCCCGGCAUCCACACUCCGCCCCAGACACACGUCCGUGUACACGAUAUGCGCUUCAGGGCAACACCAAAGGACGUCAAGAACAGCGCUCUCUCCACGUCGGACCAUGCCAUGGACGAGAGCGAGGAACCCCUCUUUGUCGAUUUGCUCAGUGCCGACCGCUCUAAUAUCAACGAAGGAUUCAUCAAUCCGAGUCUUGAUCCUCACUCUUCCAGCCCGCCGAUGCCAUGGCGCGAAUAUCCAAACGCAGUCUUGCCAAAGGUCAUCAAACUCGCCCCUCCACCACCUACUCGCCCAGCCCUGUACGAGGUCGGGGCGGCUUUCUUCUCCCACAACUCGCCGGAAGGCGCGUCGCGUCCACCAGAGCCCGAGAUGACCCCUGUCCAGCACUCUAAUCGCGAUGUACACCAUCAGUACUCGCCCUUUGUGACCGACCCAAUCCGCACUGCUGUCCAAUUUGAUCCCGCCGAGCUCCCCCCAGCACAACGUAACCCAAAUGGGAUCAACUGGAUUGUCCAGUCUGUCGAACACGGGUACGCCUUGAUGCGCCAUCUCGAGGAAAAACGCCAGCAGGAGCAACGACAGCAACAGCAACAAGUCCCAGAUCCAUCUUCGAGUGGCGCUCCGCCGAUAGACACGAAUAACGGUACAACGGAUAAAGGUGCCAACGACACGCCUUCGGACGUCCGUCCUGCUGGUCCCUAUUCGACUGUCAAUUCUGGCUCAAUGGAGAAUGCUGCUCCCAAUGGAUGGAUGAUGUGGAUUCCUCCUCAGGAUCGUGGCCCACUCGAGAGCAAAGAAGCUCCGGGAAUGCAGCCACCCGCAUCAGCUACGCCUUAUUUCCCUCCGACUUGGUCCCAGCAACCAGUAGGCACGUCUGCUCCGGCCUCUCAAGCUGAUAAAGCGCCACCUGGUCCAUCGUCGAUCCCACCUGAACCGCGUGAAGGAGCGUGGCCUCAGCAAGGAGAUGGUCAGUCAACGCCCUCGACAGGGAUACGAUGGGGUCCACAUCCACAAGGUCCACCGGCUCCUCCAUCUUCGGGAGCCGCACCGAACCCCCAACAACAACAAUGGCCGAGCAUGCGUUCUAUCGCGAACCCGUCUGCCCAAGCAUGGCCAUACCAGCCUGAUCCAGAUAUCGACGGACGUGCGGAUGCUCCGACGCGCUGGGCACCCAAUUCGGCUGUCCAUUCGAUGGCGUGGGACCCAUCAAGAGGACCAGGUCCGACAAAUGAGUCUGCGCCUUCAGCACCUACGCAUCCUGGUUAUCCAGGAGCAGGAUCCCCCUCGGUCGGAUCACGAGCUCAUCCACCGCCCCAGUCGCCUGCUCGAAGCGCAAAGGCUCCUUGGUCCUCAGAGGGAGCACAUCCGCUUCCUCCAGACGGUCGCCUUCCACCUGAUGCGACGCUUCGGACGCCCUCGACGCAGCCGAUAACCGUGGCAGGGCAACAACAACAACAACAGCAGCAGCAGCAGCAGCAACAUUCGGCGUUCACUGGACCACCAAUGGCAUAUCUUUCUCAUGGUGGACAGCAGCCAUCCCAGCAGCAGUCUCGUCCACAACCACAGCAUCCUAGCUCAGGUAUGGGAAGAGAGAUGCAAUACGGUCCGCAGCCUGAUUCCUUGGGAGGUUAUCCACCAUCGUCAAUUGGAGCACCACAACCCGCCCAGCGAGCACACUCUGAUAGCGUGCCAGUGAACAUGGUUCAUCAGCAACCAAUGAAGUAUCCCCUCAAUGUCUCUUCUGGGCCUGGUGGCCCAGGACAGGUGGUGGUGGGUAUGGAGUCGCGCAAUCCAUACCCAGCUGUUCCCCCAGUCUCAGGUGCGGUCCCGUACGGCCCUGGUCCUCCUCAACUUGGUGCUACGGGUAUUCCUCAACAAUCACGAUCCGCGCCUCCUCUUCAUCCACAGCAAGGGGGCUAUCACCCUGGCAUCUCGUACAUCCAACCGCAGACAACCGGCGGUGGUGGUGGUGGUAAUGGACCUCCGCAGCUUGGAGGGGAUGCAGCAAACAGUGUUGGUGGACCACGAGUCGGUCCUCCUAUGUAUGCACAACCUGGAUGGCCCCCGACGUCUGUACCAUACAUGGUCAACCCUGCUCAACAGCAUGCGGGUGCGGCCACUCCUGGGCCGACGAGACCCGCCUCUGUGGGCAUGCAACCUCCUGGACAGUACAUGGCGACGAUGGGUGCGCAUCCAGCCGUUCAAGCGUCGCAGGAAAUGUAUGCGCAGCUCCAGUAUCGAGGUCCUGCGCCUCAAUGA